AUGGCGAGCAGUUUGUGCACCACUGCUGCCACCCACCGAGGUUCCGGCCUAUGGUCAUCCUCCCUAGCGUCAAUACCGGCCACGGUUGGUGGCCGGACUGGGGCGUCACACGGCUGCUCUCUCCUGGUCGUCCGAGCCACGGGUGAGUUCUCUCCCAUCAAGCUUUCUUCUCUAUUUUCUUUAUGUUUGUAAAUUUCGGCCCAUUCAGAUGUCGAGCCAUUUAUUGAUGGCUGGUGUUUGGAUUUCGGGGGUUGCAGGAUCCUUCAUUCUCUCCUAGUUUUGGUUGGUUUACUUGCGUUUCCUUAUCUUCCUCCAGUCUGAGGUCUGAAAUUCCCUCUUGCUCAACCGUUUGAAGGCAUAGAUCAUAGAUCGGAUGACCAGCAUCUGCUUCUCCGUCUGUUGUUCCCCCCUCUCGGAAAUGGCUGUGAAGACAGCCCCUGAUACUACCAUGGUGCUUGAUUUGGUGGCCGAAGUGAGCACCUCCGGGAGGAAAUGUGGUCUUCUCUUUGGAUCUCAGAUCCUAAACAUGAAUGAAAAAAGGAAAAUAAUUAGUUUUAUGGAAAGAAGCUGAUUGAUUUGAAGAUAGGACAUACAUUCGCAGCUCAAGGGCUGCGAUCUUGUAGUUUCUUGAACGGGUCAAGCCUACUAAUUGAAACAAUGCCAUUCUUACGCGUCAUCUGACUGAUGUGAAGCAAAGAAAUCUUCCACACUACUUCACUCGUAGUCAGGAUUUUGAGAAGGAAACUAGGAAUUAACGCUAACCCUGUCUCAUAAAAUUGGUAGCUGGGAAAAUUUAAAAAAAUAGCCAAGCAUACAGUUUCCAUAGAAAGUUUACACCACUUUGUUUAGUGACUCUGGAGGGUGAGCUGUGGAUGCAAUUUCCUGUCACUCUUGAUAAUUGAUGAACAUGGCCUUUGAGGUGGGCUAGGGAGGACGUCCAAGAUGGACUUGUUACAUAAGAAAUUCUUUCAUGUGCUCCACAAAGACAAUUAUGUGAAAACAUGCGGGUAAAUACAAGUUUCUUACACCUUCUUGUACAGACAUAACACCUGAAUGGAAAACUUUUUUUCUGGAAAGAAACACGGGAAAAAAUUAAAUGAAAAAUUACUUAAAGUCGCAUAACACACAGAUAUGAUUGAUAGAUCAGUUCUUCGAAUAGGAGACCAGAUAGCAAGUUGAAGGGACAAGCUUCAGGUCAAUCCCAGAUCUAAGAUGUUUACCUGUAAUAAUUUGAGGUCACUGUGAACCAUCCUACGCCAACUCAACUAUCUAUAGAAUGAUCUUAUCAAAAGCAUUAUUUCUAACAAAAACCCACUCGUCCUUCAUUUGAUCUGCUAUUGAUCAUAUUUUACACGUUAUAUCAUUAUUAGCUCCAUUCGAUAAAAGAAAGGUGAGUUCUAAGUUCUAAUGUUUUCAAACUUGUCCUGAUAAUUUUUCCAUCACAAAUACAGACAUCAUUGACAUAAAUAAGCUUGAAAUCACGAGUUUUGGGAAAACUUAUCGCCCUCUUAUUAAAGCAAGCUUUUACUUACAACCUUCCAGUUUCUGAAUUUGAUCGCCUUUUGUAAUGCUAGACAUAAAUUAUUUUUUCUGGUUGUUUUUUCUAGUUGAAGAUGAACUAAUAAGAAGCUUCAAGAGGGCUUCUGGAUUUUCCUAGGCGUUGAAUUCCUUUUUCGCUCAAUGAACAUUUUACUGAAAAAUAUAAAUAAUGAGAGUGUGAAAGAUUUGAUGACCAUGUAUUACUGAUGGGAAAGAUAAAUUUUAACAUAUCUUGGAGUGGUGAUAUGCUUAGGUCACUUCCAAUUUGAUAUCCCAUCAUUUUUCUUGCCAUUUUUAUUUUUCCAUCUCCAUUAGGAACUUCGUUCCUGAUUAAUUGUAUCAGUGAAGAUUUCUGACCAGUUGGAGGGUAGAGGAAUAUUCUGACUAAACAAGUUGGAGUGUGUGUUUUAUGGACAAGACACCAUUGGCUUUGGAGACUAACGCAGAGCUGUUUAUAACAUACCAUUGACCAUCUGAAUUCACACCAAGAAACUGUGCAAGUUUUUUUGAUCCUGGUUUAGAGAAGGAAAUUGGGACCUGGAAGUAAGGGGAAGGUAGGAAUAAGAGGGUCCUCACACACUUGUAAAAGGAUUUCUACCUAUUAGGUCAGACUGGAAAAUAAAUCUGCUGCGUUGUGAUGAGGCUCUCUUUUCAGCAUCUCAAGGGAAUAAAGGAACAAGUAUGAUGGAGUAAUUAAGUCCUCUUCGAAUACUAUAAUAACUCCAUUUAGAGUCGGGAAUGCUUUUUCUUUUCUUGGGGAAUGUUUUUUCUUUUCUUGUGCAAGAGUUUCCGCUAUUAUCAAGGCAUAUUAUUCAAUCCUUACCAUCCAAAUUUUCCUUUUUUAAUUGAUAUCUCUAAUGCUUUUUUGUUAAUAAUAAAUGAUUGAAGUUCAAAAAAAAUCCUAAACGGGAUUGUUUCGUUUAAUUUGUCUUAUUUGUAUAAGAUGGUGUUUACGACUUUCCAGUAGCCUGGGCGUGAGGAUCUACUUAGAUUCCUGUUGUAUCCAAGAAGAUGAAGAUGAAUCAUAUGAACACAGUACUUCCGGACAGAUAAAUUUUAUUUUCAGUAUCUUUUUCUUCAUCAUAAAAAAUUUUAGCAUGAAAAGGGACCCUAAAUAACAUUCUUGUAAAAAUUCACCUAAUAUGGCGCCCAAUUGAAUCUAGCAUUUAUUAAUGGCAGAGAGAUGAUAUCAGGUACAUUGAUCAUCUGAAGGGUGCUUAUAGACAGAUUUCUGAGGUUUCUAUCAAAUAAAAAGACUCUUUUGGCCUAUACAAAAGAAGCCCAUUUUAAAAAUACACAUAUUAGGCUAAUUCUAUACUUGGAUACAAAAGUAUCUGAAUGUUAUUAAUAUUGUAAUUUAUUUUAUUUUUUCUUGUGAUUUUUAUUAAUUUAAAUUUUAUUAUUUUACAGUAGAGCCUUCUGAGAAGUCUGUCGAGGUAAUGAGGAAGUUCUCGGAGCAGUAUGCGCGUCGUUCUGGAACAUAUUUCUGUGCUGACAAAGGUGUCACUGCUGUUGUUAUCAAGGUAGAUAGAAAUGCUGAAACCCUUGAAACUUAGGUGGAGAUAAAUGUAUUAACCUUACUGGAUUGAUGAUUCUAUAGAAUAUGUCGAUCAUCCAUUACGACCCAUAUUUUGAUUUUCAUAAGCUCGGUCUUCCUGAUCCGCUUUUAUGGUAUGACAUUUUAUUCUAUGAUGAUACGUGCAAUAAUGCAAUUAACAAUGAGGGGAGCUCACCUCGUGGGAAAAACAGUCUCCAAACAUGAACACUUCUAGAGGCAGGUUUGUUGAGCGUAGGAUAGAGGUGUUCAGCGUUCAUGAACGAUGUAAAAACCAUUCUCCGAAGUGAUUUUAGAGUAUUGCCUUCAUGAUGCACGAUCUGUUUAGUCGUCAUGAACCAUGACUAAUUAUAAUCUGCAACAAGAUUGAACCUAUGCUUGAUCUUCCACGGAACAAGAAGACCAAACUUUAAGGCUGCUUUCAAAUUAGGAACCCUCGAAUAAUUGCAUUGAUACGGCUAUCAACUUCAGCUGUAAAACAAUCAGGUAACAGAGAAGGAUACGUGCAUUGGGUUCCUUGUGGUUGAUUUAUUCUUGGUAUAAAGGAGAGGAAGAGCAAAGCCACCAGGGAUGUGAGAAGGAGAAGAGAGUUGCGAGCUGUGCCAGGGGUCAUCUUCCCCCAUCAAUCCCCAGCAAACACUCGCUUCCAAUUACUGUAUCCUGCUCAGCUGUUGGUUCUGUCUGUCUAUUGAGUCUCUUUUUUCAAUUUAUAUUUAGAGCUCAUCAGAGUCCUUGACACCGGAAAAAUAUAUGACAAUAUCAGAUAAUAUUCUUCACUUCCCUGUCAUUAUGAACUUUAGAGAAUCCUCGUUUCAUCAGCUUUAAUUUGUGAUUUCAUUCCUGAUUACUUUUCGGGAGUCAUGCAUAUUUUUAGUUUAAUUAGAGACUUUUCCCUCACGAAAAGCAGAUCGGAAAUUGAAACAGGGCUUGGCUGAUCAUAAAAAUUCUGUAGGAGCACCAUUAUGCCCUUGCAGGUAAAUAUUUUUUUUGCAAUAUUUUAUUUACUUCAAUGAUUAUUCUAGGAUUUUUGCUUCCCUUUUUCUCAUGGUGGCCCUUAGAUUAUCAGCUAAUUAUUUUAUUUACAUUGUAGAGAUAUCAGUUGCACUCAACUGCCUUCUGUUUCAGGCAUUACGACAGCAAGGAGGCUGAGGUAGGACAAGGAUUUUGGAACUGUCCAUGUGUUCCCAUGCGUGAAAGGUUGGCAUUGCCCUGAAGAAUUUCAAUCUUUGUUGUAUGACUGAUUAAAUAGUGUAGUCUAUUAUAGAGUUUGUACACAAGUUACUUUCUUGUUAUGACUGAUUGCUGUGAAUCGUCUGUUCUUUUCUGGCUUAUCUAGUUUAGGUUUAAUUUUUAUAUAUCCAAUAUUAUCCAUGAUAACGAAAUCUAUUUGGUGAGACGUUUAUGGUUUGAACUUUUGGGUUGUCUAUGACUGAAGAAAAAGUGAUCUAUUAGAUACCAUUUGACAACUUUUUUUUCUUUGUUGGCAGGAAAGAAUGUCAUUGCAUGCUUUUUCUCACACCCGAGAAUGAUUUCGCAGGAACAGAACAGGUUCCCUUUCUUUCUUUGCAUAAAGUUUGUACCAUUACCCAUAUCUGAUUCCGACAAGAUGGUCGUGUUAUCCAGAGUUUCUACUGCAUGAGCACUGAUGUGAACUUGGCAAUUAGAUGUUUCCACCAUAGUUCCCCUCACAUGUUUCCCUGUUUCUAUGAUAUGAUACUAUCCAUCCCUGGUACACGUGAUCAUUGAUUGGUUAUUUUCCCAUAAUAAAGGUUUUCAUUCCCACUCUUUUAAUUAUUAUUUUCCAAAAGUUGAAUAAAGAGUUGACCUAAACAAGAGGAGAAAGUCAUAAUUUCUCACCCAAUAUUUAUCUGUGUUCAUAGUAAAUAAAAUCACUGAAUAUAUUUGGAAUCUGAAGUCUCCCUCUUGUGAAACUGAGCCGCGCCACCUUCCUACCUUGUUUACAGACAAUCUCGUUGGAAGAGAUCAGGGAAACAACGUCAAAAUUUUAG